AUGCUACUUCCAUCCACUUUUGUCUUGCUUGUACUAGCUAAAGGUCAGAUUGCUGUAUGUGCCCCCACUGAAGGCCCUGUUCAAACAGCAAAGGUUUUGAUCACUUCAGAUGAUGACCUCAAGAGCACAUUGAUUCAGAAGGAAAAAGUAUCAAGAAACAUGGCAGGUGAUGGAGUUCCUACCAAAAGCUGUAGCUGCAAUGGACACAUCUGUAGUCUUGCAAAUCACGCCCCUGCUACACCCAAGUCCGCAACAUUGCCAUUUAACCUGGAUGAAGUCUGGGCCAAACUUCUAAAUAUUUCAAUAGACCACGAUUUCACUGGAGGUGCAAUUGCAACCAAAGCAGCCACAGGAAAGAAAGGUCCUCCUCCAACUCCCAAAACUGCCCCUCAGACCCCUACAUCUAAGCCAGUGCUUUAUGUCCCAAAGAAAAUGCUUGAUACCAUUUGUGCAGAUCCUGGCUCCCCUAAGAAUGUGAUUUCUAUGGACACAGUUCCAGAUUAUCCAGGUGAAGUUUUGUUUCUUUCAUUUGUCCAUUUCCUUUGA